AUGGAAGUAGCAUUACUUAUAAUCGUUCAAGCUGACCACAAGUGUAGAAACGAUCUUAAACUUUUCGGCAUCAAUGGAGGAGUUGUAACAGAGGUUAAUGGAACUGGAAAGAAUCAAAAGAAUGGAAAGGAUCGUUACCAAAUUGAGAAGAUGGAUCAAGCAGAUAAGAAACUGAUAGUUAUUUUUUUUAUGUACACGUGGUGUGGACCUUGCAGAAUCAUGUCUCCUGUUGUUAAUAGAUUAUCAGAUAAAUACGAAGAUAAAGUACUAUUCUUAAAGGUGGAUACGGAUGAACUAGAAGACAUUGCACGUGAAUAUAAUAUAACGGGUUAUCCAACUUUUAUCUUCGUCAAGAAUAAAAGCAAAUUAGAUGAACUCGUAGGAGCGUAUCCAGAUAGAUUAAAAGAUAUGGUUAAUAGACAUACAUAA